AUGGAUUUCUCACAUCCCUUCUACGGUGGAGCUCAUCCCUAUCACUUUAUCGGGAUUCCUCCCUUGACCCCGUCUCAUUCCAACUCAGCCGCAUCCGACGAGUUCAACAACCACUCUCCACAUGAUGUUUACGAUGGCUUCCAGAAUAGUGAACAAUUCCAACAGAACUUUGAGCCGUAUGCCCAAUUCAAUCCGCAACCUCAGGCCUUCCCCGGCCCUCCCGGCCCGCCGACACCGCCGACGCAUCCGAUCCACGGUCAGAGCAGCCAGAACCAAUCUCAAGUGAAUAGUGCUUCGAGUGUGAAGAGUAACCCGGCCGAUAUACUACCUAUGGCCAAGCCGGAUCCCGAUGCAAAUAGACAGACGGGAUCCAAUUCGGAUGACGACGAUCUGACGCCUGCCCAAUCCCGCCGGAAGGCGCAAAAUCGGGCCGCUCAGCGCGCAUUCCGGGAACGCAAAGAACGACAUGUUAAAGACCUCGAAGCGAAGCUAGCUAGCUUGGAAGCACAACAGCAUCAGACGGCCAGCGAGAACGAAAAGCUGAAACGCGACCUGCAGAAGAUGAGCACCGAGAACGAGAUUCUGCGCGCCACGUCCAACGUCCACGCCCAGAACGGUUCCCUGUCGCCCCCUGCCCCGACGACCACAGGCCCAAUGCAGUACAACCCCACGGACUUCUACUCGGACCUCCUCCAGAACCACACCAACAAGACCCCGAGCCACCGCAUAGUGGAGUCUGGCGGAGAGCGUCUCUUGGCUGCGGGUGCUACGUGGGAUUACAUCAUUAAUCAUGAGUUAUUUAAACAGGGCAGGGUCGAUGUCGGCGAUGUGAGCCUGCGGCUAAAAUCCCAAGCCAAGUGCGACGGACAAGGUCCCGUCUUCGAGGAACGUGUCAUUCUACAGGCCAUCGUGGAAAGUGUCGCGAGUGGUAGCGACGAGCUUUUAUGAGCGACUGCGCUCAAAUUUAGACAUCGAGAUGCCGGUGGAGAGUGGCGUACCUAAAGCAUGGUAAUACGAUUUGUCGUACCGGGGAAGAAUCGCUGUAUUCGAACCAGCAGAAGGGGGUUGGGGGUUGGGGGUUGGGGGGGGAGGGGACAUGAGACCAUGAUGGCGUACGGGAUCACGGGAAAACGAUCUCGGUUCUGUUACUGGCGAAUAGCGAGCAACGAACGUAUCGAGCAUCGAUGAAUGGACGAGUAUGUUACGACCGAAGCGCUUAGGUCUGCUUCAUAGUAGUAGGAGGUCCUUACUGGUUCCCCAAAUCAUCAAUUCUCGGAAGAGGGACCGA